UUGAAUUGAAUUGAAUUAACAUGUCCGUCCGUUCUGCAGUACGUUGUGGCCGGCAUGCAGCGGUGCGACUCCUCGGUGCAGCGGCAAAUAAACGGCACCUUGUCACCACAGAGAGUCGGUGUGUGAGCUGAUCUGAGGAUUCAUAAACAGCUACUAAAGCUGUAGUCUGGUCGCCAUGGUGACAGAUUAGGGCUGAUGUUUAACCACGCCCCCCUUUCUUUGUUCUGUGUGUCACCUCUCUCUGGACUGAAUGUGAUGAUGUCAUUUUGUGUCUAUAGAGGCUCCUCCCCUCCAGAGGUGGUUCUCCCCCUCCCUGACUGGCCGCCUGCAAUGCAUCCUGGGAGUUUAGAGGAAGUGGGUCCACUGGUGGAAACUGUUUAUGAGCUGAGGAACCACGGUCCCAGCGCGGUCAAUGCCCGGCUGACGGUGGACUACUUCUCCACCUGGCGACAUCACUUCCUCCUCUACGUCUUCUCCAACGCCUCCGAAGACUCACUGACCUGCAGACCCCUGAACACAUCACAGAUCGACCCCUUCAAGCUGGUUGGUAACAGGUCCAGUGUGUCUGUAGUUUCUCAGUCGGUCCAGCAGGAGGAGACAAAGUCUCACAGUCCCACAGUCCAUCUGAACUGCAGCAGCAGGGAGGCGGGGUGUGUCAGGUUUGUGUGUGAUGUCACUGUGUUGGGGCGGGGCUUCAGCGCUGUCAUUCGAAUCUCAGCCCAUUUGUGGAUACACACACUCGCACAGACUCCCUACCUGAACUAUGAGCUCACGUCCUCCGCCUCCUAUGAUGUCAUCAACACAUCAUCCAAGGUCCAACCACUGCUGCUGCCAAGUGGACACACACAGACCCGCCUCAGCGUGUUGUGGCGUCCUCCUGAUGGAGAGAACAACGUUCCUAUUGGUUACAUCGUCCUGUCAAUCAUCUGUGGACUCCUCCUGCUGGGCGUGCUCUGUUUCAUCUUCUGGAAGCUGGGUUUCUUUAAGCGUACUCGCCCACCCACUGAUGAUGAUGAUGAUGAUGAAGAGCAACGUCUGGCUGAGGAGUCACAUGACUGAGUCACACACACACACACACACACACACACAGGUCACAUGGUGGAGGUCAGAGGGGCGUCUCACUGAUCUGCUGUAUAAGUGAUCAGGAGCACAGAUCACUGACAGGAUCAAUAGUUCCUGAUCGACUCAGUAAUCAAUAAUCACAUGUUUAAUAAUGUUCAAUAUCUUCAUCAUUUAUCAUCUGUUCACACACCAGAUCACACAUAAUCAAUAUAUUAAUAAUAAUCACUCUGUUAUCACUGUUUGUAUUAAACUGAUCAAAUCAAACUAAAGUUCAUUUUGAUUAUUUAUGCAUUUCUAAAAUAAAUGAAUAAUCACAAAAACAUUGAUCACAUCUUUAUAAAUCAUUCUGUUAUUUUAUUAAUUGAUUAUCUGAUAAAUAAACUUAAUGAUUGAAAUAAUAAUUGAAAAAAAGUCUGUUUAAUUACAAAAUCAGUGAUUAAAAUGGAAUUUCAAAACA